UGAGUCAUGUUAAAGAUUCGUUCAAAAAGAACGAAUCGUUCAUGAACGACCCAUCACUAUUUAACAGUACUCUUGUAAGCGCGAUUUUCUUUAUGUUAAGUUUCGGUUUCGAUUUGCUGACUUUGGGAAUCACGUCCACGCAGUGCCGUCUGUAAGGGUAAGAAUCCGGAAAUAACGCAGUAAAAGAAAACUGACGCUGUAAAACUUAAGGACAUUUACUAAAACUAAAGCCACCUACCUAUAAACUAUUAAUUAUUCUAACUCUGGAUUUUUCAAACAUGAUUCAGUUGACUGAAUAAGAAUGGGGGGAAUACAGGCCACUCCUCCUCCUCCACCAGAAUUUGACAGGCCAUGGAGGAUGAUGCAUUGGGGAUCAAAAGAUGUAAUUGAGCAGAAACUAAGGAACUUCAGACCCGACAAUGUUCAGUUUGUCAGGAUUCUGGUUGUUGGAGAAGUCGGAGCAGGAAAGUCAAGUUUUAUAAACUCAGUCAAUAAUGCUUUCCAAGGAAGAAUCACUUCUGGGGCUCUUGUUGGUGGAAUAGGUGGAACCAGUUUCACAAAAGCAUACAAAACCCACUACAUCCAACGAAAGGAUGCUUCUCAUUUGCCGUUUGUUUUCAAUGAUACUAUGGGACUUGAAAGCAGUGAAUCUGGUGCCCAUGUACAGGACAUCAUCAACGCUUUACACGGGUUUCUUCAAGAAGCAUAUAGAUUUAAUCCUGCAUCCCCAUUGUCUUCAAAUGCCCCUGGAUACAGGAGCAGCCCAAGUCUUGAGGAUCAAACCUUCUGCCUGGUCAACAUUAUGGCAGCUGACAAAAUAUCACUGAUGGAUUCUGGGGUCUUCAGGAAGCUGCAAGCUAUCCGUGAGGCAGCAUCACAUCUGAACAUGCCACAAGUAAUCAUCAUGACAAAAGUAGAUUUGGUAUGCCCACUGGUUCAUCAUGACAUAAAGAAGAUCUACACCAGCAAGAGGAUUAAAGAAAAGAUGCAAGAGUGUAGUAAUAUCCUGGGCCUUCCCAUGAAUUACAUUUUCCCUGUGAAGAACUACCAUGAGGAGAUCGACACAGAGGACGACAUGGAUCUUCUGAUCCUCAAGGCGCUUGAUCAGAUCAUGCACAUCGCCGCUGAUAAAUCAUGCACACAUGAAAACUAAGCUCCACAAGCACUGCCAUGUUUGUAUACUUCAUGUAAAACUGUAUUAUUGAAUUUUUCAGGUUAAAAAUCUACUGAAAUCCUUUGGAUUCACGUAGUAUAUAGGAAAGUAUGACCAAAUAUGCUCACAAUAUUGCUGGUUGACUAGGGGAAUGGUUUAACAGCAAGUAUAUUUCUGCCCCAAAAUAUCCUUACUGAACCCAUGUGUGCUCAAUGUAGUGCCAGCUGAUAAAGAAGAAUCCAGUCAGCCAAUCAGAAGUAGUGUGUGAAAAUCUGUUACUGGCUGUGGCAGCUUUGUAACAAUUGACAAAGUUGAGCAACUUACAGGCAGAUUUGAGCGCCCGCAAUAAAGGGUUGUUGCGCAUAAAUGUUGAGCAAGCAGGAGAGAUGCUGCCCACGCAUAAUUGAGCUGUUACACGCAUAGAGUGCUUUGUCUGCUGUCAUAUAAAGCCAUACAGGUGACAACACACACUCGGAUCACAAAGAGUGGCAACUUUUAAAAAUCAGACCAAAUGUCAUCAGCACAUCACCCCGCAAACAGCGCAGCAAUUAGCAUUUACUUACAUCUGAACAAAUAUAAAUCAAUGUCUGAACACAUACUCAAUGAUUAAUAGCUCAUGAUACAUACAUUUAAACUAUUUAUUCAUACAGAUGAACCUGUUUUACAUGGAAAUUUACAGGGUUGUUACUGAACGAUUUACCCUGAUAAAGAGCCGUAUAAGCAGUGGCAGCUGGCACAUUGGCAAAUAGAUGCAGAAUUAUAUUUUUAUAGCCGAAAUAAAAUUAUUUUUUAAACUUGUACUGUUGUUGUUAAAUUACUAUAUUUGUUAAUUUAAAAAUGUAAUUUAAAUGAGGUUUAGGCUCCGGGAUGUUAAACCAGCAUCGUGAUCAUCCUCUUUAAUUUCCUACAGAGUCUAAUCAGCGCUCAACCGCACUUUGAAAACACGUAAAGUUUUCCAGAGCGCACUGGCAGAAGUAGACUAAUGGUUAUGAAUGCGUCGGGGUAAAACAGCAAGGAGACUGAUUCUUUUUAAUCUUUUUCAGACUGCCAUUUUUAUAAUUUAUAAAUAAAUUAUUAAUUUCUUUGGUUUCGGCUCUAGUGUUUAAGGUGAUCAUUUUAUUUCAUCAUCUCCACAGCAGUGGAUGCGUCUAUAAUUUACAUUUCACACAAAUGACAUAAUCCGAAAUUUGUUUUUCAUUGAAUUAUAUGAAAGCAGACAUUUGGAUUCCUAUAAGUAUAUAUUUAUUUUACAUCUGUAAGGCGUGUAUACACAGAGUUUCUGUUUAUUUUACGUGCUCAAGUUCACAGAAACCAAUACAGAAUAGCACACCCUGUUUACUUUCA